UAGUUGACCAGACAGAAGAUGUUCAUCUUACUGUGUUUGACAUUUGUACUAAGCAGUACAACUGGAAAAACUAAUAGCAGACUGAUGAAUAAUACACGUUUUAAAAUAAUCAAUGGGCAAAUAUUAGAUAUUCAGCACCGACCAUUCAUGGCAUCAAUUCACUUUGGAAGUAAUUUUAUCUGUGGUGGAACAAUAAUGUCCGCAUCUUGGGUACUGACUGCUCAACAUUGCAUCCAUCCAAAUGAAAAAAUUAUGCAUUAUUACAAUGUUCGAGCAGGGUCUAUAUAUUACUACAAAGGUUACAUGCAUCAUUUAUCCAGAGUUACGAGGUUAAAUCCCAAAAAUAGGCUUGAAGGUAAAGGUAUACCAAGAAAUGAUGUAAUUCUCAUUAAAGUUACUCCACAAUUUCAAUUUUCUUCAACAAUAAGACCAGCCAAAAUGCCUAAAGUUAAUGAUGUAAUUCCUGAAAUACUCUGGGUCUCAGGAUGGGGUAUAACUGAAUAUAAAGUAAGUUUGCAUUACUUAUUGAAACUAGUUAGUUGUGUUUUCCUAUCAAAUUAAAA